AAGAGACCUGGCUCCGUAAGGGGGUUGUUCGGGCAGGUUAGGGGAGACAAGAACAGAGGGUCUGUUUAGGCUGGCAUAAUGAAGGCGAGAUGCAAGGAGCGCAGUCUUUGGAGGACCGAGCGGUCCGAAGCAGUGCUUCACUUCCUGCUACCCGAGUGACCCAGUUUCUUCAUCUAUGAGUGGGAAUGACAGUCGUACACCAUGCAAGAUAUUGCUGUGGUGGUUGAGUUAGAUGUGUGCCAUCUCGUCUAGUGAUGUACUGGCAUACAGCGAGCCUUCAGUUGAUCAUUUUGGAUUCAGUAACAUGAACACUUUUAAACAGCGGUACCUGCUAUCUGACAAACACUGGGACAAAGAUGGUGGAUCAAUACUUUUCUACACUGGUAACGAAGGGGACAUUGUUUGGUUUUGCAAUAACACGGGGUUCAUGUGGGAUGUGGCUGAGGAACUGAAAGCUAUGUUAGUGUUUGCUGAACAUCGAUAUUAUGGAGAGUCCCUACCCUUUGGCAACAACUCAUUCCAGGAUGUCAAACACUUGAAUUUUCUGACAUCAGAACAAGCUCUAGCUGAUUUUGCUGAGUUAAUCAAACACUUGAAAAGAACAAUCCCAGGAGCUGAAGAUCAACCUGUCAUUACCAUAGGGGGCUCUUAUGGUGGCAUGCUUGCAGCCUGGUUUAGGAUGAAAUAUCCUCACAUAGUAGUUGGAGCCCUUGCAGCUUCUGCCCCUAUCUGGCAGUUUGAAGACUUUGUUCCUUGUGAUUCAUUUAUGAAGAUUGUAACUACAGAUUUUAGAAAAAGUGGUUCAAAUUGUUCAGUGAGCAUCCUCAGGUCCUGGGAUGCCAUUAACCGACUUUCAAGUACAGGAAGUGGUCUACAGUGGCUUGCUCAAGCCCUUCACUUAUGUAGCUCAUUGAAAUAUGAGGACAUCCCAAAUUUGAAAGAAUGGAUUAUGGAAACUUGGGUGAAUCUGGCAAUGGUGAACUACCCUUAUGAGUCUAACUUUUUACAGCCUUUGCCUGCUUGGCCUCUCAAGGUAGUGUGCCAGUAUUUGGUAAAUCCUAGUGUACCGGAUUCACAGCUGAUACAGAAUAUUUUCCAAGCUCUGAAUGUAUAUUAUAAUUAUUCGGGCCAGGCAAAAUGCCUGAAUAUUUCAGAAACAGCAACUAGCAAUCUGGGAUCCCAGGGUUGGAGCUAUCAGGCCUGCACAGAAAUGGUCAUGCCCUUUUGUACUAAUGGUAUCGAUGACAUGUUUGAACCUCAUCAGUGGAACCUGAAGAAAUAUUCUGAUGAGUGCUUUAAACAGUGGGGUGUGAGACCAAGGCCCUCCUGGAUCAUUACCAUGUAUGGAGGGAAAAACAUCAAAUCACACUCCAACAUCAUUUUCAGCAAUGGUGAUCUAGACCCCUGGUCAGGAGGUGGAGUAACCACAGACAUCACAGACACCCUGGUUGCAGUCACCAUCAAGGAUGGGGCCCAUCAUUUAGAUCUUCGAGCCAAUAAUGCUUUGGAUCCUACAUCUGUGCUGUUAGCCCGUUCCUUGGAAGUUGAACACAUGAGGCGAUGGAUCAAAGAUUUCCAUGACAAUGUCAAAAGGCAGCCCCUGAGCAACUUUUGAUCAUUUUCAGUUUCUUCUUUUAUGUUCACCACACCCAUAUUCCCAUUCACUUUGGUUUUCUAUGUGUAAUAACUUCCCCUCAUUUGUCAUUAGAUUUGGGUGCCCAGGUUGAGAUAGAAGAGAGGGCGAUGGAGGUGUUGCCAUCCCAACAAUGUCAUUGCCUGGGUAUUGAACCUGCACGCACCACCUACAGGAAGAAAUCUCAUCAUGACGCCUCCCACACCAUCAGUGGCCCUCAUGACUCAAGCAAAGUUCCCCACUGCCUUUCACAAGAGGAGAGUCACUUCCUUUGUUUCUUUGCAAGCAGGCAUUUGAAUUCUUAGUUCUGAGGUUGAAAUCUCUUUUGCCAUAUGCAAGUCCCCAUUCCUACCCACCAAAAAGGAAAAGCAGAAGAUAGAUAAAAAUGUCGUAAGUGCAGCUGGUAGGAAGGAUGUCUGAUGCCAAUCCAGGAAAUGGGGGUCAUUUCUUUUGUACUUGAUUUAAUGACUUUAAACUGUGCUGUAAAUAAAGGAUAAGGCUGGACCUUA